AUGUCCGAAAUGUCUCUCAUUUUGACGUCUCAAGUCCUCCACGAGCAGCUCAGCGUCAUCAUGGCGGCGUUGAGCAAGGCAGCCGUGCUGGACAUCUGUGAGCUGCUCGAGCGAGGCUUGGCCGGACUCCGAGAAGAAGUCAUCCGCAGCCAGCAGGAGAACCGAGAGCUCCGGAGCCGACUAAGCCUCAUCGAAUCUGUCGUGGUCCGCGGAAGCCUUGCGGGCGGUCCACGGAAGGACUCCUCAGAGGAGCCGGAAGAACAGCGGGACGACAGCGGCGGAGGGGCUCCUCUCCCUGACGUAGUUCUGAUCAAGGAUGAAGACUCCGAUUGUGAGAAAGAUUUAGAAGAUGCAGUGUCGGUGGUUGCUAUGGAGGACAGCACUGAGGACAUCGCUGCACCGUUGCCCAGCCGGCGAAGGAAGCGAAAGGGGCUACAGAAGGACAAGUCCAGCCCCACAAGGGUACAUAACAUUGCUACCUCGUACCCGUUGGACUCCGCACAACUACCUGCGGAUGACUUUGCCGCAGAUGCGUCAGAAACUGACGUCCAUCUUUUGGAGGGUGAUCCUCAGCUACCUGCCGACCAGCUGCCUUAUUUCCCCAGCAUGUCUCUGAUGGAGCCUCACCUGUCCGAAAACGUCGACAACUCUUGGAAUGAGCCAGUGUCUGAUCAAGUCGCCUUCUCUCACUUUGAGCAUGAUGAGCCCAGCGGCGCCUUUGGGCUCAAGAUGGUCAGCGUGUCGGGUUCAGCGCCAGCUGACUGUGACAUUGCCGCCUUCAAGUACCAAGGCGGCGAGGCGGCAGUGGCGGAUAGAGGGCGUCGCCAUGGUUGCCGCGUGUGCAACAAGACGUUUGCGACGGCGCAAAGCCGUGAAGUGCACAUGCGCAUCCACACAGGCGAGAGGCCUUUCGGCUGCCAGCAGUGUGGAAAGCGUUUCACGCAGUCUGCGCACCUCAAGUCACACCAGAACAUCCACACCGGGGCGCGGCCCUACGCCUGCACGCUGUGCCCACGCACUUUCCUCGCCCAUCACCCUCUCAACAUGCAUCUCAAAAAGUGUCACAACAGCACGUGAUAACGUAAAAGAUUAUUUUAGCAUUACUGUUAUUAUAAGACAGCAUGGUGGUGCAACUGGUUAGAACGUUGGCCUCACAGUUCGAGUAUCGGGCUUCAAAUUCCAGCCCAGCCUGUGUGGAGUCUGCAUUUUCUCCCCGUCUCCAAAGGUUUUCUCCAGGAACUCAGUUUCUUCCCCCAUCCCAAAAACAUGCAUAAAUUAGAGACUCUAAAUUGCCCUUACAGUGAAGAAAAUAAGUAUUUGAACACCCUGCUAUAUUGCAAGUUCUCCCACUUAGAAAUCAUAAAGGGGUCUGAAAUUUUCAUCGUAGGUGCAUGACCACUGUGAGAGAGAUAAUCUAAAACAAAAAAAUCAAGAAAUCAGAAUAUAUGAUUUUUUUAAUGAUUUAUUUGUGUGAUACAGCUGCAAAUAAGUAUUUGAACACCUGUCUAUCAGCUAGAAUUCUGACCCUUAUAGACCUGUUAGUCCGCCUUUAAAAGUCCACCUCCACUCCAUGUAUUAUCCUGAAUCAGAUGCAUCUGUGUGAGGUCGUUAGCUGCAUAAAGACACCUGUCCACCCCAUAUAAUCAGUAAGACUCAAACUUGUAACAUGGCUAAGACCAAAGAGCUGUCCAAAGAGACCAGAGACAAAAUUGUACAACUUCACACAGCUGGAAAGUGUUAUGGACAAAUUGCCAAGCAGCUUGGUGAAAAAGGUCCACUGUUGGAGCAAGUUUUAUGGUCAGAUGAGACCAAAAUGGAAUUUUUUGGUCAUAAUUUCACAAACCGUGUUUGGAGGAAGACGAAUGAUGAGUUCCUUUCCAAGAACACCUACCCUGCUGUGAAGCAUGGGGGUUGUAGCAUCAUGGUUUUGGGGUGUUUUUCCUGCACAUGGGACAGGACAACUGCACUGUAUUAAGGAGAGGAUGACCGCGGCCAUGUAUUGUGAGAUUUUGGGGAACAACCUCUUUCCAUCAGUCAGAGCAUUGAAGAUGGGUCGUGGGCGGGUCUUUCAAUAUGACAAUGACCCAAAGCACACAGCCAGGAAAAACAAGAAGUGGCUCCGUGAGAAACAUCAAGGUUCUGGUGUAGUUUAGCCAGUCCCCAGACCUAAACCCAAUCGAAAAUCUUUGGAGGGAGCUGAAACUCUGUUUUUCUCAGCAACAGCGCAGAAGCCUGUCUGAUCUAGAGAAGAUGUGUAUGGAGGAGUGGGCCAAAAUCCCUCCUGCAGUGUGUUUGCAAACCCGGUGAACAACUACAGUCACGUUUGACUUCUGUAAUUGUAAACAAAGGCUACAUUACCAAAUAUUAACUUUGGUUUUCUCAUGUGUUCAAAUACUCAUUUUAACUGUAUCACACACAUAAAUCAUUUUAAAAAAAUCAUACAUUGUGAUUUCUGGAUUUAUCUUUUUUGAUGAUCUCUCUCAAAGUGGACAUGUACCUACGAUGAAAAUUUUAGACCCCUCCAUGAUUUCUAAGUGGGAGAACUUGCAAUAUAGCAGGGUGUUCAAAUAAUUAUUUUCUUCACUGUAGGCGAUGGUGGUCAUUUGUUCCUGUGUGCCCUGCAAUUGGCUGUCAACCAGUUCAGGGUGUACCCCGCCUUCUACCCGAAGAUAGCUGGACAUUACACAGAAGCUCCUAAUGACUGCACCCAACUGUUCCCAAUUAGCCCGU